UUUAACAUUGGUGAUAUUAUUGUCAUAUCAAUACUAAUCAUCUCCUAUGAUUGUUUUCAGCCUGGUAGAGUAGCAACCUUACUAGAUGACAAAGAGGGUGUGGUCUGGGGAGUAGCAUAUGAAGUAGAACCUGCGGAGAUAGAAAACGUCUUGAUGUAUCUUGACAUACGAGAGAAAGAUGGCUACAAGUCGACAUACACAACCCUCCACACUAUUGACCACAGUGCACCUACAAUUAAGGUGAUGCUAUACAUUGCUACGCCCAGUAAUAACUUCUAUCUUGGUCCCGCACCUUUACCUGAUAUUGCCAAACAAAUAGCUUAUUCCGAGGGACCCAGUGGAAAGAAUUCUGAAUAUUUACUUAAACUUUCUGCCUUCAUGCACGAAGUAAGAAAACAGCAUGAAGACUGUAAAGAUGAGCAUUUGUUUGAGUUGGAGGUGUUAGUGAAAAACAAUCUUGAAGGUCUUGGGAAUACUAAUAUUUAAAGGAACUGCAAGCACUCUAGUAAAUUUGUUUUUUUAUCAUAACAACUGUUAUAUUACAGUUGAGGCCGCAUUGAGAAAUUCUUUUGUCUUAAGAAUUAUACAAGUGAGGCUAUCGGGCCGAUAUAAUGCUCGUUGUCUCAUUUGCAUCUCAUUUUCAUGCAUCCAUAUUAUAUGACAAUGGCAACUUUCAAGUUUUCAUUCAAAUAAUGUUUUGCUUAUUGCUUAAAAAUAGGAAUUCAUUGAAUUUAUUUGUUACUAUUCCUGAACGUCUAACAACAGACAUCUUUGACUUGGGUGUAAUGUUUUCCCAUUUCAAAACACGUCAUUCCCUUAAGAAUAAGAUGUUGUUUGUUUAACUUAUGCACAACUUACUGUUAAACAGAGGAAAUUUAUACUCCAAACAUUUCCUUGUAAUUUCUUCCAAAAGAUAAGCGUAAAGCAUUCUAGGGUAUCAAUAAUUUAUUGUACAAAGCAUCUUCUCUUUUAUUGAACAAAUACUGUAUAUCAUUAAACAUUGCAAUACUAAUAAAUUAAAUCAUACAAUAACAAUAAAGUAAAAACAGAGAUUCUAUUAACAUUCAUGAUCAUGGGAAGCACGGGUGGCGUAGCGGUGAGAGCCUCUCACUAAUGUGACCUGGGUUUGAUUCCCGCCAGGCUCAGUGUUGUAUGUGAGUAGAGUUGUUUGUUGGUUCUCUCCUGUUCUUCGAGGGUUUCCCGGGGUUCUCUGGUUU